GCCCGUCUUGCUAGCUAGCUCUCUCUCCAGCUCCAGGGGCAGCGGCAAAAUAAGUUGGAUGCGCGCGCCAUCGCUGCCCGCUGGGCCAGCGCGAAAGAGCUAGCAGCUAGACCAGCACCAGUCCACCAGCGGCGGUAUAAAAAGAGACUGUCACCCAUACCGACCCAGCCAAACCUGUACCCGCGCAAAACCGCGUGGAGGGGGGGAUCGUGGAGUACCAGCGAACAGCAGCACCAGCGAGGCCUCGGCCGGCAGCGUUGAAGCUCUGCUCUGCCUAGCGGAAUCUCUUUCUCAUGUCCAGUGAUAUAGCUAGCUAGCUAGUCAUUGAGGAGAGGGAGCUUCGAUCGGGGUGGUUACAGGAGGAAGAGAUUGAGCUGAGAGACAGAGAGAGGGGGGAUUCGUCUCAUUCAUUCAUUCAUCCAUGGUUGUGCAGAAGCCGUGGCUGCCCAUCGAUCUGCGGCUGCCGGCGGGGCCGCAGGCGUCGCUGGGGAUCCUGGCGUUCGAGGCGGCGGCGGCCAUGUCCAAGCUGCUGUCGCUGCACCGGUCGCUGUCGGACCAGGAGCUCUCCCGCCUGCGCUCCGACGCCAUGCGCUCGCCGGGCGUCGCCUACCUCAACUCCACCGACCAGGCGUUCCUCCUCCGGCUGGCCUGCGCCGAGCUCGUCGUGUCGCUGGACGCCGCGGCGGCCGCCGUCGCGCGGCUCGGCCUGCGGUGCGGCCUCGACUUCGGCGGGGUGUACGCGUGCCUCAAGUCCGGCGCGCACGACGCGCGGCUGGACCUGCUCGUGGCCAAGGGGCUCAGGGUGAAGGCCAAGAAGAUGGAGCGCCUCGUCGCGGCCACGGCCAAGCUCUGCUCCGAAAUGGAGGCGCUCGACGAGCUGGAGUCCACCGAGCGGAAGAUAAACGUCCGGGGAUGGAACCGCCUCAGCGGGCCGAUCCCGCAGAACCCACAGGCGGCGGCGGCGGCGGCAGCGGCAGCGGCAGCGGCGCAGCAGCAGCAGGCCGGGGACCCGCCCGGCGCGGAGUCGCUCCGGCAGGAGCUCAAGACGCAGCGGCUCAAGGUGAAGCGCCUUAAGGAGGAGUCCCUGUGGAACCAGAGCUACGAGAAGGCCAUCGGCCUCAUGGCGCGCGCCGCCUGCGCGGUGUUCGUCCGCAUCUGCGCCAUCUUCGGCCCGUUCGUGGCCGGCCUCCCGCCGCCGCUGCCGGCGGCCACCACGGACAGCGUCCAGACCCGGCUGUCGAAGCUGCUGCACCCGCGGUCGGGGAAGGCGAGGGCGUCGUCGGGUCCGAUCACGCGUCGCGACGGCCCGUCCCGCGUCCACCCGCCGAUGAGUAACUCGUGCCCGAUCAUCGGCCUGCGGCCGUCCGGCCAGAAAUCCCCCACCGACUGGCGCAAGCUCCUGGACGCGCCGCCCGGCACCGUCGGCGGCGCGGGGCUGGACCAGCAGUACGCGAGCGUGAUCGUGUCCGCGGAGGAGCUGCUGCGGAUGGAGGCCGAGGGGCGGCAGGAGGAGGCCGGCGCGGAGCGCGCGGAGAUGUACGAGAUGCUCCCGGCGAAGCUCCGGGCGGCGGUGCGGUCGAAGCUGCGGGAGUGGUGGCGCGACCCGGGCCCGCUGGACGAGGGCCUGGCGCAGGGGUGGAAGGAGGCGGCGGAGCGCAUCAUGGCGUGGCUGGGCCCGAUGGCGCGCGACACGGCGCGGUGGCAGUCGGAGCGGAACAUGGACCGGACGCGCCGGUUCGACGGCGGGCCGCGGGUGUACGCGCUGCAGACGCUGCAGUGGGCGGACAAGGAGAAGGCGGAGGCGGCCAUCGUGGAGGUGCUCGUCGCGCUGAGCUGCAUCUGCUGGUACGAGGAGCGCCGGCGAGGCUCCGUCCGCCACGGCUGAACCGUUCAACGCCGUUUCUUUCUUGUCUUCCUCUUCUCUUCUCGUGCGUUUUGUCAAAGCUUUGAUUUGAAUAGUUGAUUUUUUUUGGGGUGGUAGAAGUUAGAACAGGGAUGGUUUGGUGGUGCGUUCAACGGGGUAGGAGCGAAGGUAGCAGCAGCAGCAGUAGUUGAAACCAAAUUAAAGUCGUUUGAUUGGUUUGCGCGUGGGGUGGCUGUCAGCGGCCUGACGCCGACAUGUGGGGCUCCCCGCUCUCCCGUCGGUCUCACGCCGGUGACAGAGUCCGGUGUACAAUACAUAAUGUCACGCGAAAGGAAGGAUUGUGUAAUAUAAUACAUACUGCGAUUGAUUCUUUCAAAUUCA